AUGAUUUCUGGUCGUUGUGCUGCUUGCCGGUAUUUGAGAAGGAGAUGCCCUUCAGAUUGUAUAUUCGCUCCAUAUUUUCCACCAAAUAAUCCUCAAAGAUUUGCUUCUGUUCAUAGAAUCUAUGGUGCCAGCAAUGUUGCAAGAAUGCUCCAGCAACUCCCACCUGAUCUUCGAGCUCAAGCUGCAGACACUCUGUAUUAUGAGGCUGAAUGCAGAGUAGAAAAUCCUGUAUAUGGCUGUGUUGGGGUUCUUUCCCGAUUACAUGAACAAAUAGAAGAAGCCGAAAGUGAAUUAGCUAAGACACGAGCUAACAUUGUCCUUAACUCUGAUGUUGGACAACAAUCUCAAGUUCAGCAAAUUGAUGAUGAAGUUGAAGACAACUCAAGUCUUUUACAAGCGCAAACCAUUGUUGGGCAGACUCAGUUUGGUUCUUCCUUCUAA